AUGGCUGUUGGGUGGAGACCGGCUCCGACAAGAUGGAUCACAGUGAACUCUGACGGCUCUCUCCUGAGACUGUCAGGGUCUACCGCUGCAGGGGGCGCACUUAGAGACUGGCAGGGUCGCUUACUGGGGGGUUUCUCAAUGAAUCUGGGAAGAUGUACCAUUACUCGAGUAGAAAUCUGGGGCGCCAUCCGAGGGCUUCAUAUGGCCUGGGAUACAGGUCACCGCAGAGUUGAGCUCCAACUUGAUUCCACUACUGCAGUACAGCUUUUAUCGCCGGAAGCACCAACGACCCACCAGCACGCUAGCCUGGUUCUAGAGUUUCGUGAAUUGGUUCGCAGAGACUGGGAGGUUGUAGUUCGCCAUAUCUAUAGGGAGGCUAGUUUUUUAGCCGACUGUCUUACUCACCAAGGUCACCUGUUAGACCCGGGAUCUAUCUCUUUCAGUGUUAGUAGACCGGACGUUGACCGCUGGCUUUUGUAUGACUCUGUUGGCGGAUUUGUUGUCCGCAAAGUUAAGUAA